AUGGUGCGCGCUACCCAACUGGCUGUGGCGGCCCUGGGGCUGCUUGGUGCAGCGGCCGCUCAACUGGUGUCAACAGGCAUGUCUGUCACGCUCGACCAGAUCGAUUACUUCGUCUCUCCAUACCCAGCGGGAAAUGUGACGGUGUCCGCAGCCUCCCUGACAGAUAUCCCCAGCGUCAAUGGCUUCUACCCCGUGACUGUUGUUCAAGAGGAGAUGGCUGGGGUAUUAUCACUGUCCUCUCUUUUCUCUACGUGGACGGAUGUGGAUGAUGUGUUUACGCCCGCCUUCCUGGGUGUGGUCUUGGUCCGUGGCUACAAACCCGACAAUGUCACUGCAACCUUUUUCAACAGUUCGCGCUCCAGCGUUCUCGGCCCGUUAGAGUCCAGGGUAGUUCCGUCAGGCCCAUACUUCCUCGAACAGGCCACUGGAAAGCUCUAUCCGGUCUACCGUCUCUACAGCGACUAUGCAGGAGCCUUCACGCAGCCACUACUACAAAAGCCAGAUGGCACAUUCCAGCCGUUGUCGGCACAAGUGGCCGGUCUGGUCUCAUCCACUAUCGGUGUGCCCUCUCGCAUCUACUAUACCCCGAGCGAUGAGAAACCGCUGGCCGGGGCUCGUGUUGGCGUUAAGGACAUUUACAGUCUCGCUGGCGUGCGGCAGAGCAAUGGAAACCGGGCAUGGUACAAUCUGUACGGAGAGAACAAUGUCACUGGCACCGCCGUCUCGCGCCUGAUUGAUGCAGGCGCCAUCAUUGUCGGACUGCAGAAGCCCUCACAGUUUGCGAACGGAGAAACGGCUACAGCUGACUGGGUCGACCUUCACCCGCCCUUCAACCCACGUGGAGAUGGUUACCAGGACCCUUCUUCCUCCUCGUCAGGCGCGGGAGCUUCCAUCGGCUCUUACGAAUGGCUGGACCUGGCUCUGGGUAGUGACACCGGCGGCUCUAUCCGCAAUCCCGCCGAAGUCCAGGGAGUCUACGGUUCCCGUCCAUCCCACGGUCUCGUUGAACUUGACCAUGUCAUGUCCAUGUCGCCUGUGUUGGACACUGCGGGAGUGCUGUCAAGGGAUCCUUAUCUUUGGGACCGGGCCAACCAAGCCUUGUACAGCACCAACUACACCUCGUUCUAUGGCAAAUCAGUCCGCUACCCCAGCAAGCUGUACACCAUCGACUUCCCGACAACCAAUGACUCUGCGGCAGACGCUCUGCUGGCUGGAUUUCAAAAGCGCCUGGCCGCGUUCUUGAAUACGACAGCCACCCCGCUGGAUCUAUCUGAUGACUGGUCGUCGCGUCCGCCAUCCAGCGCUCCCGCCAAUGUCUCGCUUGAGACUUUGCUUAACCUGACCUACCCAAUGCUGAUCACCAAGCAGCAGAUCCCUCUAGUUAGGGAUCCUUUCUACGCGGACUAUGCUGCUAAACACGACGGCCGAGUCCCCUUCGUCGACCCCGUUCCUCUGUCACGGUGGAACUGGUCCAUGGCGUACCCUGACUCUGCACUGGAUGAAGCCAUCCACAACAAGGCGCUCUUCAUGGACUGGAUCGCGGAGAAUUAUCUCACUCCGAUCUCCGAUCCUGAGCAGUGCUCCUCGUCACUUAUUGUCUACGUGGGCACCGAUGGCUCCCAGAGAGCACGUAAUGUCUAUCGUUCGCUCCCCGGCGCACCCUCGGGGUACAGCAAAUUCCUCAUCUCCAAUAUGGCGAGUGUGCCGGACUUUGUCAUUCCCGUUGGGGAGAUUGAGGCCUACAGCACCAUCACGCAGCACCAGGAGAAGUUUCCUGUCGCCAUUGAUGUUUUGGCUGCUAAGGGGUGUGACGGAUUGCUAGUCAGGCUGGCUCAGGAUUUAUUCGAGGCUGGCAUCAUUAGUGCACCGUUGGCGGGUGGGACGCUGACUGCCCUAUUCGGCCUGGCGUAUGCCUCCACCCAGGCGGUCCUCCAGCCAGAGGAACCAUCAGACUUCCGUACCUUCCACAGCCCAUAUUCCCCGCACCACUCGAUCCGCAUCCGCCAGCAGAAUGAAUCAAUCUGCGCUGCCCAUUCCGCCCAAUACACCGGCUGGCUCGACAUCGGCCGUAAACAUCUCUUCUUCUGGUACUUUGAGAGCCAGAAUGACCCUGCCAAUGAUCCUCUCACUCUCUGGAUGACAGGAGGCCCAGGGGGGUCCAGCAUGAUCGGUCUGUUUGAAGAAGUCGGGCCAUGUCUGAUCAAUGAGUACGGCAAUGGCACUUACCACAAUCCGUGGGGCUGGUCCCGGAACUCCUCCCUACUAUUUGUCGAUCAGCCAGUCGAUGUGGGAUUUUCGUACGUCGAUGAAGGAGAGGACUUACCGGGCGAUUCGCAUCAAGCUGCAAUUGACAUGCAUCGGUUCUUGCAGUUGUUUGUCUCGGAGGUUUUCCCGCAAUUGCAGACUCUCCCGGUUCAUCUUUCUGGGGAAUCGUAUGCUGGUCACUAUGUCCCUUACCUCGGCAGUCAGAUCGUCCAACAGAACAAGCUCUAUCCCACUGAGCCCCAGGUCCUUCUGCAUUCAUGUCUCGUAGGCAACGGCUACUAUUCUCCUCGCGACACUACCUACGGCUACUGGGAAACCCUCUGCACCACUAACCCUGGAGUCCCCGAGCCCGUCUUCAAUCAGACUAGAUGCGACAUCAUGGCGGCCAAUAUGCCGCGAUGCAUGGAAGUAUCCGACGUAUGUGUUCGGAACCCUGAUCCGGCCAUCUGCCAUGCUGCGUCGGAGGUAUGCUACGAGGGCGUGAUCGGAUGGUAUGAUGACGAGUCUGGUGAAGGUGGUCGGAAUAGGUUUGAUAUAACUGCUCCCUGCGCCCUUGACGGCAUAUGCUACAUCGAGGCCGCUCGCAUCGAGCAGUACCUGAACACACCCGCAGUUUGGGCUGCUCUAUCACCACCCAAAGAAAUCAAAGAGUACAAGGUUACUUCCGACAAUGUGUCGCGCGCAUUCGAUCUCACUUCAGACACGAUGACGCCAGCGUCUGAGCAAGUCGCGUUCCUGCUUGCGAAUCAGGUACAUUUCCUCGCGUACCAGGGCAAUCUCGAUCUGGCGUGUAAUACGGCGGGGAAUCUGCGCUGGGCGCAUUCUCUGCCAUGGAGGGGUCAGGUCGAGUUCGCGUCGAAGGCGCUGCGGCCAUGGAGCUGGGUAGAUGUGGUAUCUGGAAAAAGUGGAGUGGCUGGAACGACGAAGGAGGUGAGAGUGAAGGUUAGUGAGAGUACGGAUAAGGAGUCGAGGUUUGCGCUAGUUACGGUUGAUGGGGCGGGUCAUUUUCUUCCUCAAGAUAGACCUGAUAUCGCAUUGGAUAUGAUGGUGCGUUGGAUAUCCGGGGCAUCGUUUACUGAGUGA